UUGCUAGCUGGCUGGGGGGAUCCUCGAACGUUACCGGGAGAGUAGUUUUGAGAUUAAGGGCCUGGGUCGGAUGCGAUACGAAAGCUUGAAUCGACAUCCACGUGCAUUAAGCCAGGUCGCUCUGGUACCUUGUUUUGUUGUGGCCUAGAAACGUUCUGGCAGAGGGUGCAAAUUUAAAGUGUUCUAUAGGCUUUUAGCCCUGCUAUCUCUUCUAUAGCCAUGCCAGAGUUCCAAGCACUGUAUGAACCGUGUCUGGCUGUGGUGUCCCCCGUUGGAGAGUCUUCCAAAACCACCCGGCAUUUCCAGUCAUAAAAGCUGACAUCUACUCUGUUGCUGUUAUAUAUUGUACUGCCAAGAAUGUACACCGCUACCUUUGUAUCUCAUCUGGCCAUCCGUAUGGAACGCCGUGUGCUAUUCCACGUGCGCCAGCUCCCAGCUUUUGACACAUAUAAUACAUUGAAUGCAGAACAUCUUAUCGGCAUCCGUGUUAAGCUCCCCACGUGCCUCUAUAUUAUGGCACUGAUUAUGCACCAAUCCCAAGCUCACGCGAGCCUUAUGAACAUGCAGGAAGCCCGCAGCUGUAAACUCCAAGACACAGACCACAAUUACGAUUUUCCAGCUGAGGUGCUCAUAAAAAACAGUCUUGGGUAGGCUUACGAGAGAGUUAAUGCACUGAAAAAAGAUCGUGCGCUCAUCUCGUCUAACAGCCAUGAGAUAAGUCCAUAUAGCACCGUUGAUGAGUCUCAAAAAAACGGUUACAACCAUAACCUUUUUAUCUGGUGAUACUCACACCCGGCUUGAAACAAGUGGCGGUUGCAUUGUAAUAUCAAAGCAAUUAAUUGUUGUACUGGGUGCGACAUCUGAGGACCAACAUCUUGCUAGUGUGCAAAAGGUGCCAUU